CUUCUAAAAUGUCACUUGAGAUAUAAAAAAUAACUACAAUAUGGCAAGAAUUCGUGUAGCAGACGUGUGCCGUGCCAUAUUUGCUCUAACAGACUCAUCACAUGAUUGCAGGACUAAUCAAUGAAUCAUGCAGCAUCCUUGUUUACAACCUUAACUUCACCUUCUCCCCUGUACUACACAAAUAAACAAACAAUCUCAAUUCUGAUACGGAGACAAAUCAGCUACACCCUUCUGCUCAAACUCGCUCCUUGGCCACGCACCUGUGUGCCUGCAGCUCCAAAUACGCUACGGCUCUUCGACUAGGACCUGUGAGCCUCCCACUCCAAAUACGUUGCGGCCAUGUCCUUCAAAGCAGGCUUCGCUCGGCCCCUACUGCCCGCCCUCCCUGAGGGUAAGACAUCAGUGCUCGUCCGAGCCCCCGUCCCUACGCCCACCUUCCUCGAUGAAUCCACCCUAUCCUUCACCGUCCAUGCGCGCAUCCACAUCGCUGCUCCACCCAUCGUUGUCCUACGCGCCCUUCUCGACACCGGCUCCUGGCCACGCUGGAACAGCUUCAUCCCCGCGGCCGCGAUCCACCACAGCGGGACGCCUGUUUCCGCUCUCCCCGAAUCAUCGGAGAUCCUCGGGGUCGGCGCCGAAUUCACUAUGUUUGUGAACAUGAGCGGCAAGUCUGAGGAGGAGCGCGGACCAGUGGAGAAGUUGAGGAAGUCGAAUGAGUGCUUGUCCCUUGUGGAGGAGCUUGUUCCGGAGCGAGAGCAGGGGAGGAAGGGCUGGCGCUUGGCGUGGGGUGCUGAUGGUCAGUUUAUGCUGAAGGCGGAUCGUGUGCAGGAGAUUGUUGAAACGGAGGGGGGAUGCGAGUAUGUCACUUGGGAGAGCUUUGGGGGGAUGAUGGCUCCGGUGGUUAGGAUUGCGGUGGGAGGACAAUUGAUUGAUAGGUUUGCGGAUCAGGCGAGGGAUUUGAAGGAGUGGUGUGAAGGAGAUAGGGGAGAUGACGAGUAAUGGGUGAUCGAAGGAUAUGGUAAUAGUUGUCUUCAUGCGCAGAACCUUUAUAAAAUUGAGGGAAUAUGGACUACAGGUGGUAAAGGUCUCGCGAGCUCUGGCAUUAAUUUCUAUCAGGCCAUUGCUUUUAGCACUUAUGACUUUACGCUAUUGAAUGAAAACGGUAC